ACUCUUCCGUUUCCUCCAGCUCCACCCGGGCGGCUUUCCGGCCCUCCGUGACGCGCCUCCGGUUCCACCGGCAACGUGCCGGUGCGGGCCGCCAUGGGGCUGAGCCGGCAGUAUCUGCGCUACGUGCCCGCCGCCCUCUUCGGGGUGGUGGGCAGCGCCGGGGGCAACGCCGCCAUGGUGGCGGUGGGCGGCGAGCGGGGCCGCGGCGUGGCGGUGGCGGCCUGCGAGCACGUCUUCGUGUGGGACGCGAGGAAGGGGGAGAAGGUUCUUAUCCUUAAGGGUCUCAAGCAGGAGGUCAGGUUCCUCUGCCCCUCUCCAGACGGGCUGCACUUGGCUGUUGGCUAUGAGGAUGGAUCGAUCCGUAUCUUCAACCUCCUGAGCGGGGAAGCGAAUGUCACUUUCAAUGGACACAAGGCUGCAGUUACAGCCAUGCAGUACGACCAGCUCGGCGGCCGGCUGGUGUCUGGCUCAAAGGAUACAGAUGUCAUUGUGUGGGAUGUCAUCAACGAGAGUGGUCUGUACCGGCUGAAAGGACACAAGGAUGCUGUCACUCAAGUCCUUUUCUUGAAGGAGAAGAACCUGCUGGUCACCAGUGGCAAAGACACAUUGGUGAAAUGGUGGGACCUGGACACCCAGCACUGCUUCAAAACUCUGGUUGGACACCGCACGGAGGUUUGGGGGAUGGCUUUGAUAUCAGAAGAGAAACGUCUGAUCACUGGGACUGCUGACAGUGAGCUGAGAGUGUGGGAUAUUAGUUACAUCCAAGAAGAGGUAAAAGACCCUGAUGAGCCAGAAUCCAAGAAAAGCAAAGGGUCUUCACCUGUAGCAGAAAAAAACACUGAAGAGGAUGAGACCCUAGAGUUAGAUGAGGGCCCUGAAGAGCGCCUCCUAAAGUGCAGUAAAGUUGGAUCCAUCAUGCGGGAAGGGAGAGACCGAGUAGUUACUCUUGCCACAGACCGAACGGGCAAGAUUUUGGCCUGCCAUGGAACUGAUGCUGUUCUGGAAGUGUUCUCCAUCCUUUCUCAAGAGGAAGUCCGAAAGAAAUUGGAAAAGAAAAUGAAGAAGGCGAAGAAAAAAGCCAAACAAAAGUCUGAGGAAGAGGAGCCUGAAGGGAAUGUGGAGCUGAGCCUGCAGGAGGAGAUUCAGCGGGUCACUAACAUCAAAGCUUCCGCUAAAAUCAAGUCGUUUGACAUGAUUCUCUCUCCGAAAGGAGAGCUGAAGGUUGUGUUGCUGCUCCAGAACAACAUAAUUGAGUUAUACGUGCUGAACCUGUCAGCGCAAGUCCCACAGGCUGUCCGUGCAUCCAAGAUAAGCAUUGGAGGCCACCGCAGUGAUGUUAGGACGUUGGCUUUUAGCUCUGACAACAUUGCCAUUCUCUCAGCAUCUGCAGAGUCCGUAAAGAUUUGGAACAGGUCAACCUUGCAGUGCAUCCGGACAAUGGACUGUGAGUACGCGCUCUGCUCGUUCUUUGUCCCAGGAGAUCGGCAGGUUAUCAUUGGCACCAAGACAGGGAAGCUGCAGCUGUAUGACCUGGCUUCUGGGAGUAUGAUGGAGACACUUAAUGCUCACGACGGGGCAGUGUGGUCCAUUGCCCUUUCACCAGACCAGCGUGGUUUUGUGACAGGAGGUGCUGAUAAAUGCGUCAAGUUCUGGGAGUUUGAGCUUGUGAAGGACGAGAGCAGCGUUCAGAAAAGGCUGUCCAUGAAGCAGGUGCGCGUCUUGCAGCUGGACGAAGAUGUUCUGUGUGUGCGUUACAGCCCCAACCAGAAACUGCUGGCUGUCUCCUUGCUGGAUUGCACUGUGAAGAUUUUCUACACUGACACACUCAAGUUUUUCCUCUCUCUGUACGGACACAAGCUGCCAGUGUUGUGCAUGGACAUCUCCUAUGAUGGGGCUCUAAUUGCUACUGGCUCUGCUGAUAGGAAUGUGAAGAUUUGGGGCUUGGAUUUUGGGGACUGUCACCGCUCUCUCUUUGCCCAUGAUGACAGUGUGAUGUAUCUCCAGUUUGUGGCCAAAUCUCAUCUCUUCUUCACAGCUGGGAAGGACAACAAGAUUAAACAGUGGGAUGCAGAUAAAUUUGAGCACAUCCAGACGCUGGAGGGGCAUCACCAGGAGGUAUGGUGUUUGGCACUCAGUCCCAAUGGAGACUACGUGGUGUCAGCAUCCCAUGACAAGUCCCUGCGCCUCUGGGAAAGGACAAGGGAGCCACUUGUUUUGGAAGAGGAGAGGGAGAUGCAACGAGAAGCUGAGUAUGAAGAAAGUGUGGCGAAGGAAGAUCAGCCUGUGGUGGCUGGAGAGACACAAGGAGAGACGGGGCUGGCAGGGAAGAAGACCAUUGAAACCAUCAAAGCGGCUGAGCGGAUCAUGGAGGCUAUCGAGCUGUACAGAGAAGAGAUGGCAAAACUGAAGGAGCACAAGGCCAUAUGCAAAGCUGCAGGAAAAGAGGUUCCCUAUCCUGUCAAUCCCAUUCUCCGUGCCUAUGGAAACAUUACACCUUCCGAGUACGUGCUAGAAGUUUUCAAGAAGGUCAAGUCAAGUGAGCUGGAAGAGUCUCUCCUGGUGCUGCCCUUCUCCUACGUCCCUGACCUGCUCAGACUCUUCAAUGAAUAUAUUCGCUUGGGUGCGGAAGUUGAACUCCUGUGCCGUGCUCUCCUCUUCCUGCUCAAGAUACAUUUUGGUCAGAUAACAACCAACCAGAUGCUGGUGACAGUGAUAGAAAACCUGAAGAAAACCACCAUCUCCAGAGUCAGUGAGGCCCGGGAUGUGCUGGGAUUUAACAUGGCAGGGCUCCAGCAUCUGAAGAGGGAGAUUGAGGCCAAGGAUGAGGUCAUGUUUUUUGCUGAUGCUACUGACCGUUUUGAGGAGAAGAAGAGGAAGAGGAAGAAGAAAGAAAAGAUGAUUCUUGCAGUGGUUUAGCAUUUGCUGCCCGAGACCCAGAACACCUGGAUGGGGCCAUGUAACCUCAGUGCUGGCCUUGGAACUUUCUAGUGGCUGAACAUCUCUAAUGAUGUCGAGUGACUGGGAUGAAGUCUGUGCCCUCUGGGGACAAUGCCAACACAGAAAGAUUCUCUCUGCCUAGUGAGAUGAACUCUCUGUGUUCUGCUGUAUACGUAUGUGUUUGAACCACUUCUGGGGUGGCUGUGACAGGUGCAUGCCUUUCCUCUAUCAGAAUGCCUGUUAGAAUUUGAGUUGAUUUCUUCUGGAGAAGAGAUCAGCUCACUGGCAGCAUGUUAACUGAAUGCGGUGAGUCAGCACGUGGACUGACAGUGAGACCAUGCCUUAUCCCUGGAAGGCAGCUGGCAAGAUUUUGUUCUGUUUUGACACCUGCUGGUGACUUGUGGAAGUGCUUAAAAGCUGUGUGCAAGGCUAUGAGACUUCAGCAGUGUGACAACUUGGUCUACAGCCACUCACUUUUUAGUGGAACACGGAGAAAACUCUGCUCUGUUCAAGACAUGAUUAUAUAUGCUUUAUAAGACAACUUUGUUCAUGGAGUUUUGUCCUGAUAUUUUUAUAGUAAAGCCUCAACUGCUUCACCAUGUUUUA